ACGGAGAUUUCCCUGGUGUGCUUUCCUAACAAGUGAAAGCUUGUUGCUUGGUGGUCUCAGUACCGAGUUUUGUUAGUAGCUUAGUAGCCCUAGAUUGUGGUCCGUUCGUCAGUCGCCAUAAUAGUUUCUCAAUCAAUCGCGGUUAUACGCGACGACUGACGCACCAAUGGAGGACCCGAUGGAGGAGAUGAACUGGGGGGCGGUGGAGGACCAACUGAGUGGAAUCCAGGACGUGUGGAAGGAGCCGCGCUUCGACACGCUGCCGCACGUGGUGGCGGUGCUGACGUCGGGGUACCCGCAGGACGACAUGGGCAGCCUGGCGAAGCUGCGGGACACCAUCGAGGUGCUGGUGGACGACGUGGUGCAGGCGUACCACCAGGGAUUCAAUAAGGCCAUCCACAACUACUCGCAGAUCCUCAAGCUGUUCAGCGAGUCGGCAGAGCAGAUGAGCGAGCUCAAAGCCAGCCUGGCAGAGGCGCGGCGCCUGCUUAGUAACCGCCACAAGCAACUGCAGCAGCUAUGGUGCCGCUCAAUCACGCUGCGCCACGUCAUCUCCCUCAUCGACCAGAUCGACAGCGUGUCCAAGGUGCCAGCGCGCAUAGAGCAGCUGGUAGCGGAGGGGCAGCUGUACGCCGCCGUGCAGAUUCACCUGCAGUCCAUCUCCACCCUGGACAGAGAGGGCAUCUCCCAGAUCGGCGCGCUGAGGGACAUCCGCAACGAGCUGGCCAACACCAAGCUGCUGCUGUUCAACCGCGUGAUCGAGGAGCUGCACGCACACCUCUACAACAAGGGGCAGUACAGCCCAAAGAAGGAGGCCGCUACAGACGACGACGAUGACAUCAGCAACCUCGUGCCUGUCGCCGUGCCGCCCGCCGCCCCUCUGCAUCCAUCCCUUGCCGCCCAGGGCAUCUCCCUGCCCGCCCCAUCCAAGCCCUCUCGCUCCCGGGGCCGCAGCGCCAGAGCCAAAGGGGGUUUGAGCGUGGAAACCGGGAGUGCUGUGAGUGAGGAUGACGACGGCACGGUCAGCUCCCCCACGCGCAGCGAGGCGUCGGCGGGGGCGUCAGGCCCGGGAGAGAUGGUGGUGCGGAGGCACCAUGUGCCGCCGCCCAAGUGGCUUACUGAAGCAACCUCUAACGAGUUUGUGGAAUCUUUGACAAAGCGGGAGGCACCCGAGCAUGAUAAGUACAUGCAGACGCUGGUGGAGUGUGUGGCUCUGCUGGGAAAGGUGGCUGCUGCAGGCGCCGUGCUCAGUCAGCGUGUGCGGGGGUCGGUGCGGGAGAUCAUGCUGAAUGAGAUUAAGGAGUUUGCAACAGCUGCAGAGGCCGCACGUCCUCGAGUGGAGCAUGUGAGCAAGCGCUCCCAGGUUCCCUCCACGCCCCAGUCCGCCUCCUCCACCCCCUCCUCCCACUCCGCCUUCUCCUCCUCCUCUGGCUCCCGCGCCUCCUCUGCCUACUCCCUUCGCUCCUCCACCCCCCAUGGCAUUGUGGACCGCGCAGCAGCGGCUGGGGGGGGAGGGGUGGGAGGAGCGGGGGGAGGGGGAGGGGCGGUGGUGGGGCUGCAUGCUCCGAAUGGGAUGGCACAGGUGGCGGCUCAGGAGCUACUGGAAUCGAUUAUGAAGAAGCUGACUGUGAUUCUAGAGAACCACAUAGUGGUGGGCGACCUCAUGGAGGCCAAGGCGUCGGACCGCUCCUCUGAUGUGCGCCGCACGCCCGAUGGGGACGAGGCGGUCAGCAAGUUCAGCGCCAGCACGGGCGGCUACAGUGUGGCGUUUGUCUGGUCCUGCAUGCAGAGCGAGUGCCAGCAGCUGCUGUGCGACAUCCUGAGGGCCAACCCGGACGGCGGGUUAUCAGAGACGUCAGGGCGCAAUGCUCACCUCAAGCUCGAUUCCGCAGGGAGCAUGAAGGGCAUGAUGCUCACCUUCAGCUUCCGAUUCAACGACUCCAACACCGCCUCUGCUCCUGUCUCAGAGACUCUCCCCAAGAGGCGUGUGGGCGGCAUGGCGGCUGGAGCGGGGGCUCUGGAGGGGUAUGGCACAGCGCAGCUGCUGCCAGAACGAGGCAUCUACCUCACUUCUGCCUGCUACCGACCCACCCUGCAGUUCACUGAGAAGGUCACGCAAAUGUUGCCACGCAAAUAUUCCGACCUGGGUCGCUCUGGCCUGCGCCCCUUUAUGGACAGCUUCGUUAAGGACCAGUUCCUGCCCUGUGUGCGCGAUGACUACCGCAGCCGUGUGGCAGAAGCCCUUUCCAGCCCGUCUGCCUUCCGUCCCCGCGCCAAGACGAUAGGCAUGUACGAAUCAGCAGCCGAAAAAGGCCGCCCGCUGCUGCAGGGGCCGGUGGCGGUGGAGGGGGUGGUGGAGGAGGUGCUGGAGUGGGCCAAGGCCAUGCCCGUGUAUGCCGGCGAGUUCGUCGCGCUCGUGCACACGCUGCUAGACCGGACUCUCGAGCGCUGCCGGGGGGUGUACACCGAGGCUGUCCUCGGAUCUCUCAGCAGCAACCUGGUGGGCCGGCCGGACAUCGACGAGCUCAUGCAGCAGCAGAGUGCCAUCAAGCUCAUUCUGGACGGCGAACUGACGCCCGCUGAGCUGGAAGCUGCCCGCGAGGACCCGCCCCUUGACAGCGAGGAGUAUGAGCUGGACCUCGAGAUCUACGGCAAGCUGCUGGCUCUGCGGCCGAUUAAAGAGGAGCAACUGAUCCUGGACACGGGCAAGCUGGUGCUGCUGGCGGCGCUGAGUGACACUCUCGAGUACUUCGCAGAUGCCAUCCUUCGCCUUGGUCGCCCCAAGGCAGCUGGCAGCGCGAGAAAGAAGACUGCAGCAGCGUCAGCCCGGCAGCAGAGGGCGCCAGCGCUAACAGCCUCCCUGCAGCAGCUGGCAGAGCGGUACCGCGCGCUGGCCCGAGAGGCGCUCAAGACACUGCGCGUGGAGAUGCAGCUGCACUGCAUCUUCCACCUUCAGUUCAUGCCAUCCCGGGGGUACGUCAACGAGAUCGAUGCAGAAGAGCCCGAGGAUUUCAUCGUCGCACUCACUGCACAGCUCACCCGGGUGGACGAGGAGAUGACUGUCUUCAUCGCCCCUGCCAGGCGUUACUUUGUCUUUGGGGGCGUCUGCAGCCUUGCCGCCACUGGGCUCAUUCGGGCCCUGGCCGAGCUCCAGGGGAUCAACUCGCUGGGAGUGCGGCAGGUUCAGCGCAACUGCAUUGCGCUGCAGCAGACCCUUGCCACGCUCAACGCCAACGGCAGCCAGAGCGUGCAGCUGAGCUUGGACCGCGUGGGCGAGUACUACGAGUUGCUGAACCGGCCGUACGAGGCCCUGCUUGCAUACAUCAAGGACCACAACCGCUACUUCUCCCUUGAUGAGUACCUCACCCUGCUCAAGGUGCGGGUGCCUGGAAGGCACGUGCCCAAGGAUGCCACAGAGACUAUGAAGGAGCUUUUGCAGGAGGGGUGAGGGUAGUAUAGUACAGACCUCGUACGGAGCUGGCCUCCUGCUAUACUAAUGAAGUCUGGAAAUCGCUAUGGCCUGAUGCAUGCGGUUGAGGGCAGAAGGACCGUCAUCUGACUGUUGACCGUUAGUUUCCCUGCGUUGGGUGUGUUCUAUUGCAUCCGCUUUAAACUCAGCUUUGUUGAAUAUUCAAGGUAGGCACUUUGUUAUAGCAACACUUUGUGCAAUAGAGAAGUUAUGCUUCC